AUGAUUGUUGAUGAUUAGAUUAGUUAAUAGAAAGAUACUUCAAGCAAUAUUUAAGGAUCCAAUAUGAAAGAGAAAAGGUCAAUCACGCCCAAAAAGAGGAAAAAUUAAAUAUUUAUCCAUAAUUAGUUUUUAGUUUAAGAAUGCAUUUAUAAGGGCAAUUUUUAUAAUACAUACAAAGGAUUUGAUAAAGAGGCCAAGAAGAACGUAGUAAUAAAAAUGUGCAAUCAAUACCAUGAUCAUAUUUCGCAUGAACUGAAGAUCAUAAAGCAUCUCGUAUUAAAUUAAAACAAUGUUACCUGCUUCGUUCCUCCUAUUUGGUAAGGAGAAGAAAAGAUAGCAGGUGUGAAUUAUCAAGUGAAAGUCUUAAAACAAAUGGGACCAAGUCUAAAAAUAGUAUUUAGUCUAUUAAAUAAAUAAUUUAUGCAACAUACAGUUCUACUCAUAGGAUUAAAUUUAAUAAAUUCAAUAGAAAAUCUUCACAAGCAUGAUAUUGUCCAUAGAAAUUUAAGGCCAAGAAAAAUAAUUACUGAUUUUAAUCUUAAGUCUCUAAAUUUAUAUUUCGUAGACUUCAAGAAUGCAAAAAAGUUUAGGCAUAAAAGUGGAUAAACUGUUAAAUACAUAGAAUCAAACAGGCAGUAGAAUAAGGCUUUUGCAAAUAAAUUUUCUAGUUUAGGUGUUCAUAUGGGAAUAUCCCCGAGCCAGAAAGAUGAUAUGGAGAGCAUUGGAUAUAUUUUAAUAUACUUUUUAAAGAAAGGAAAACUCUUUCAUAAAAAAAAAUCCUAUUAAAACCAUGAGGAAAAAAUAAACCACUAUGAAGAAUAAAAAUUAAAUUUUGUGCCUGAAAACUACAAAGAAAUUUUACCUGCAGAAGUCAUUAGUUAUAUUAAUUACAUUAAAAUGCUGAACUAAUAAGAUAGAAUUGAUUAUGAUUACUGUAAAAAGCUUUUUAAAACUGGCAUAUAAAGAUUCAAUAUAAGUGCACAUGAAUAGAGAUAUGAAUGGUCAACUAGGAUUAAAGAAGAUCUAAUUACAUUCAGUAACUAAUAAAAUAAUGGAAACAUUUUAAACCAAUAAAUAUAUGAGCUAUCCAGCAAAGUUCCUUUAAGUGAAUAGAAUCUCGAUAAUAGCUUCCUGAAAGAUUACAACAAUACCUAAUUAUAAAACAAGUAAGAACGUGAAAGAGAGGAACUCUAAUUAAGAGAUAAAGAAGUUUCUAUAGAAGUCAGAAAAAAUACCGAAGAAACGAAUCAUAAAUUGGAAUUAAAUGCAAGUGUUGACUAAGGAAUAAAUGAAAAUUCAUAGAAAUAAAUAGUUGUUUAAAACGGUACAAACAGCUAAAUUCAAAUUACAUAAACCACACAGCAGCAACUGAAUUAGUCCUUUAAUUCGGUAUAAAAUAAAGAAUAGCAGAUAUACCCUUAUUAGUAAGUAAGAGUUGUCAUAGGCUCAUAAAUACAUGUUAUUGGUGACAAUGAGCAAGAUGUUGCAGAAAUUGGUGAAAAAUAUGACUACUAAGCUUUUCUCAGAAUGAAUAGCACUGAUGAAAAAAAUCAGGGUGGCUUUGUAAGAAUGAGUAGCCAAACUUUAGAAUCUUAGUUUCUAAAAGACCCUUUCUAAAGAUAGGCUUCUAAUUUAAGCCGAAAAAGUGAUAGGUCUCUUUUUUCCAGGUUUAACAGUAAAUCUUUCGAUGAGGGUAUUUCAGAUGAGACAAAUACAGAGUUUCCUUCUUUGGAAAAAUAGAUUAUGUCAUUAGGUGGUGGAAUCAACCCAUUUAAUAUGUUUUCUGCUUCGAAAAGGAACAAAUAUUUUUCAAGUCAUAAUAUUGAGAAGCCUUCCUUUUACUAAUAAAGUAAUAGCCAAAUUGAUGAAGUUGAAGAAUUUUCGGAAGUUCAAGUGCAUAAUAACUAAAAUUAUUACAAAAUUGAAAACGACUGA